AUGUCGCACCAACCGUUGACCGACGACCAAGUCGGUCAGGAGCUCCGCAAGAUGACGGCUUUCAUCAAGCAGGAGGCGAUGGAGAAGGCCCGCGAGAUCGAGAUCAAGGCCAACGAGGAGUUCGCAAUCGAAAAGUCCAAGCUCGUCCGCCAGGAGACGGACGCCAUCGACGGCCAGUACGAGAAGAAGUUCAAGCAGGCCCAGAUGUCCCAGCAGAUCACUCGCUCCACCGUUUCCAACAAGACGCGCCUCAAGGUCCUUGGCGCCCGCCAGGAGCUCCUCGACAAUAUCUUCGAGGAUGCCCGCAAGAAGCUGGCAUCCGCCACAAAGGACAAGGGCAAGUACCAGACCACCCUCAAAAACCUGAUUCUCGAGGGCCUCUAUGCCCUCGCCGAACCUGAGGUCGUCAUUCGCGCGCGGAAAGCCGACUUUGACGCCGUCAAGAAGGCCAUUGAGGACGCCGUCAAGGAAUACAAGAAGGAGGUUGGCAAGGACACGUCCGUCAAGGUCGACGAGUCCGACCCCCUGCCCGCGGAGAGCGCCGGAGGUGUAUUCAUCGUUGGCGGAAAGGGAAAGAUUGAAAUCAACAACACAUUCGAGGAACGCCUAGUCAUUCUCCAGGACACCGGUCUGCCGGCCGUCCGCGAGACUCUGUUUGGAAAGAACCCCAACCGCAGGUUCACCGACUAA